UUAGACAAUAAGAUAAGAGUUAUGCGUAAUAUGUGCUGUUUUUAAUUGAGAUAUGAGUUUUUAAUAGCACGCUAAGUAGCUGAUCACAAGUACUUGAUAUUAGUACAAAGCAAGCAGAAUGAGUAACGAAAAUAAUCAAGCCCGUGACUACUCAGGUCACAACCGAGACACACAGUUGGAUCUCUUUUCAUUAAUUGGAGGCAGCUGGCCCCCAGCUCCUCGUGAGCCUGAACAAGCCCAGUAUGGGACAUUGCCCAAUAAUUAUAGAUGCACUAUGCAACGACCAUCACAAAAUGAAAGAAUAAAAUCUGUAAAUCUUAUUAAUCACUUAGCUCCAGAAAAAAAGAGAAACAGAAAUAAUUUGACUCCAGCUGCCAAGUCUGUAAAUCCUGAAGAAGUUCAACAUUCAACCAAAAUGGUUAAUGAGCCUGAGAAAGUUGAAACAGGUAUAUUAGUAGAUGUGCCCGGCGGCGAUGCACCCGAAGAGUUGUACGAUUCCCCAGCGCUGGGGUCGCCGCGCACGGCGCAACCAAAAUCGCCGGUGCACGUUCCGGAAGACAUCGGCGUGGGUUCGCUAGUGGAGGUCGCCACUGAUGUUGAUCAACAUUACUACGGCGUCGUCAGAUGGAUCGGAAUUAUUGAUGACACGGCGACGGCUGGCGUGGAGCUGGAGGAGAGCGUGUGCGGGCUGGGCGACGGCAGCCGCGGUGGGGCGAAGCUGUUCUCGUGCGCGCCGGGCCGCGCGCUGUUUGUUCCGCUGCCGUUGUGCCGGCGAGACGCGCGCUUCCGCGACACCCCGCCUCCGGACCGCGCCGAUAUGCAUCAAGCUCAGGGCUACGAUCAGCCGGACUGUCCUAUCGUGACUGGUGUGGUGCCGCCGCUGAGCUCGCUGGGUACCAUCGCGGGCAAGAACCGCGGUAUUCAGGGCCACCACAACUCCUGCUACCUGGACGCCACCCUCUUCGCAAUGUUUACAUUUACUAGCGUUUUUGACGCACUGCUCUAUAGACCUCCAGAGCCGGAGGACUCCCCGCACUACUCGGAGGUGCAGCGCGUGCUGCGGGAGGAGGUGGUGAACCCGCUGCGGCGACACGGCUACGUGCGCGCCGACCGCGUCAUGAAGCUGCGCACGCUGCUCGAGCGCCUCUCCGACGUGCCCGGACUCACCUCCGAAGAGAAGGACCCGGAAGAAUUUUUGAAUGGCUUAGUAGCGCAAAUAUUAAGAGCUGAACCAUUCCUCAAACUGUCUUCGGGACAGGAGUCGUACUGUUAUCAAGUGUUUGUGGAAAGAGACAGGAAGGUGACGUUCCCCAGCGUGCAGUGUCUCGUGGAACAGUCCUUCGCAACAUCAGGCGUUAAACUCUCUGAGGUUCCUUCAACUUUAAUAAUACAAAUGCCUCGAUUUGGUAAACAAUAUAAAUCAUAUGAACGUGUGCUGCCAACACCACAUCUAGAUAUCACUGAUCUUAUUGAAGGAUUGCCGCAGCAGUGCGUGCUGUGCGGCGCGCUGGCGACGUGGCAGUGCGGCCCGUGUCAGCGCAACUGCGAAAUGGACGGCAGCACGCUCUGCGACAGGUGUCUGCGUCUCUCACAUCCAACCACACCGCGGCACAAGGCGUCUCCACUAAAAAUUUGCGAGGAUAUGCUCGAUACUCCAGAACCGUUUGACGGACCGAGAGUGUUCAUGGAGCUGUUUGCGGUCCUGUGCAUCGAGACCAGCCACUACGUAGCGUUUGUCAAGACUGGGGUCGGUCAUGACGCCCCUUGGUGCUUCUUUGAUUCCAUGGCUGACAGAAAAGGUGAACGCAACGGGUACAACAUCCCGGAGAUCGUGCCGCUGCCGGAGCUGGGGGCGUGCCUGGCACGCGAGGGGGCGUGCGAGCGCCAGCUGCCCGCAUAUUCCAAGCGGCUACUCUCUGACGCCUACAUGUGCUUCUAUCGGAACCACGACGUCGCCAUGUACCGUUAGCACAGCUAACUCCGCAUUGCUAACUCGCACCACUGAAAUAUACACGUGUUCUUCCGAGGUUUGGAUAGCUUCACAUAAACUAAAUCUAUGGGCUAUACCAAUGCUUAAGUUUGAGACAAAUCUCGAAUUAUUGAUUGGAAUAUAAAGGACAUACCACCGAUAAAAUUUGAACAAAAUCUCACUUUAAUAUACAGGGAACGCAAUUUUUUAUGUUUGAAAAUCCAAUGUUUUUUCUCGAUUGUGGACAUCCUGGGUUUAUUUAUAUUUAACCAUAGAAGGCAGGCAGCAUCCAUACUUGUACAGAUUAUUGACCUUAGAUUUAAAAUCAACAUAGGUUUUGGACUCAGAAACCCACGGUUAAAUGUUUUGCAUUUACAAAACAGUUACUGUUUAGCUUUAUACCAAAAAAAACCUUACUCUUAAUACUUGCAACAUGUUUACUAUCAUCAAAUAGAAUUGUUCACUGUAGAACUUUAUUCGUUAAUCUUAUACAUUAUAUUCUACUACUAUUAGUUUGCUGUUGUCUUUAUAAUCUUUCGAUAACUUAGUUUUAAUAUUGAUGUAACCAUAAAGAUUAGUAUUAUUUGUAUGAAAAUAUUGUGACCAUAAUGAAAAAAUAUAUUAUGGAGUUAGUUU